CUCAGUGCUAGUGCGAAGGCCCACUGUGCCUGCUCAGUCUGCUUGGGUCCGCCCCCCUAAAGCCAUGAGUCACAUGCUCAGUUCACGCUUACUAUACAACAGAUGAUCCCGUCCCCCCACUUCAGCGUCUAUCCCUGCAGCAGAGUGACAAAGCCGUACCCUACUGAAGCGAUCAAUGCCCACUUCGGAUCGCGGAUUUACUUCCUUACUUGUAUAUUGAACAAGGAAGGUGUUUCUGACAGCUUGAGAUCCCAAUGGCGUGGAGAUUUAAGGCCUCAAAGUUCAAGAAUGCAGCUCCAAAGUUCCCCAAAAAAGAGGACAUUAUCACGGGUAUAUCUGCCCAGCGUAUUCUCCAGUCCAGCGGUAACCACAUCAAAGCCAGCUGUCUGUAUAUGGUUUUUAAUCAAGACUCUGGAACUGGAGGCAGCCUCGGAGUCCUUCCUCUGAACAGCUCGGGCAGACAGUACGACAUUCCUCGGCUAGAGGCCCAUUCCGAAUCUGUGACAGACUUUGACUUUUCUCCAUUUGAUGACAGUGUCCUGGUGACUGGUUCCAGUGAUCUCACUGUGAAGCUGUGGACAUUACCUGAUGACCCCUCAGAGCUCAAGGAGGCAGACCUAUCCAGGUCAACAGGCCAGCUGCCCCCACAGUCACGCCGUAUAGAGAAUCUGUUGUGGCACCCAUGUGCGGAGGGGAUCUUAGCCCUCAGCGCGGGGCACAGCCUUAAGGUGUACGACGUGAACAGAGGCGAGGAAGUGGCAGAUAUGUCAGAGUUUGGGGAUCAGAUACAGAGUAUCAGCUGGCGUGGGUCAGGUGCACUGUUAGCCAGCUCUUGUAAGGACAGGCAGGUCCGCAUCAUAGACCCCAGAGCAAACUCCAUUGUCCAGCAAUGUGAAGGUCAUGAAGGAAUAAAGGACUGUCGUGUGAUAUGGCUGGGUGACCGUGAUCAACUCUUGUCCACAGGGUUUGAUAAUAUGAGAAGCAGAGAAGUAUUUUUAUGGGACUGUAGACAUCUGACAUCACCCACUAAGACAUUUACACUAGAUUCAUCAACAGGGACAAUAAUGCCAUUUUAUGAUCCAGAUACAAAUAUGGUGUUCCUGAUUAGCAAGGCUGACUCUAUUUUAAAAUUCUGGGAGCUGUCAGAUAAAGAUCCUUUUUUGUCAGAAUCUGGCACUGAUCGCACAGAGCAAAUUAAGGGCUGCACAAUGGUCCCCAAAAGGGCACUCGAUGUGAUGUCUGGCGAGGCUAACCGGUUACUUUUACUGAACAAGGCAUCGAUCCAGCAGGCUUCGUACAUUGUACCUAGAAAGUCCUACAGAGAUUUCCACGCAGACAUAUUCCCCGACACAAACUCCCUGGAGCCCUCCAUGACAGCAGAUGAAUGGCUGGCCGGAGCUAACACACCUGUAAGGAAAGUUAGUCUGAAUCCUGCCAAAGCUCCGCCUCUUAUGACCAAACGGGGACAGAAUAAGGGGCAGGCAACUCUGAUACAGACUCACAAAACUGAACCAGGACCUCACGGGAACGGACAUGCAGAACCGAAGAAGAACGGAGAGGUGAAGAAACCAGAGCGGUCCCCACCAGUAAACAGACGGGAUCCACCUCCGGUGCUCGUGGAGAAGAUCGAACCUGCCCCUCAACCCACCCCCAUCAUAACGGAUUUGAACAGCCAGGGGGACGUCCUUAACAACAGCACGCCUCCUGUCAGUCAGGAACGGCCACGAACCCCACCCAGAGAGCGCUUUGAGAGGAACACAGGUGCCAAUAUCCGCAGUGUGGAGGUCGAUGGUGCUGUGGCAGAUGUACCUAUGAGAUUAAAGGCUCCACAGAAAGUCUUUGCAGGCAUACGUCAGUCAAAAUUCCGUCACCUGAAGGCAACAGUUGCUCAUAAGGACACACACAUCACAAACCUGAGAAAGUUAUGUAAGACAAUACCUGGGGAGAGCGAUAUGUUCCACACAAACACAGAGCGAUGUGCUGUACCCCUGGAGGGGCCUGGGGGCCUUGUCGCUAUCUUAGAGCUGAACAAGCCAGGUAAACUGUUUGAUGUUGGAGUGCCAGCUGUUCAGAAUGUGGGCAAAGUCACAGACUUUGCUUGGGAUCCUUUUGACAAUCAUAAACUUCUUGUUGCCUGUGAUGAUGGUCGCAUCAGGAUUUGGGAGGUCCCAGAUGACUUGGAGGGUACCCUGACUGAACCACAAGAUUAUCUUAUAGGUCACACAGAAAAGGUAUUCUUCAUCCGUUUUCACCCGCUUGCUCAGGAUGUUUUGGUCUCUGCCUCGUAUGACCUGACCCUGAGAGUCUGGGACCUGACAGAUAACUCUGAAAGGUACCAGUUACACGGCCACACUGAUCAUAUAUUUUGUGCCAGCUGGAGUCCAGACGGAAGACUUUUAGCAACAGCUUGUCGUGAUAGAAAACUGCGUAUCUUUGACCCUCGCUCAUCAGACCAGCCAAUCAAAGAAGGCAAUGGUCCUGAGGGUAACAGAGGAGCGAGAAUCGUGUGGGCGUUAGGGGGACGAUACCUGGUUGUCUCAGGAUUUACAAAAACCAGGCAGAGAGAACUGAGUAUUUACAAUGUAGAGAAUCUGGAGGCACCACUGUCACGGGAGGGCCUGGACUCCACACCCGCCAUUUUGAUUCCAUACUAUGAUGAGGAUAGCUCAACACUCCUACUCACAGGACGGGGAGACAGCACUGUGGUAGCAUUUGAAGUAUCAGAAGAGUACCCUCACUUUUUCCGACUGUCAGAUUACAAAGGUACGCUGCACCAGGCUCUGUCCUUUCUCCCCAAGUGUGAGUGUGACGUACGCAAGGUGGAGUUUGCCCGGGGCUCUGUUCUGAGGGCGACAACAGUGGAACCAAUCGCCUUCUCUGUGCCUAGAGUCAAAAAAGAUUAUUUCCAAGAUGAUAUAUUCCCUGAUACAAAAGUGACUUGGAAGCCGGCCAUGUCAUCUGCAGAGUGGUUCUCAGGGAUGAAUCGAGCUCCAGCCAAGGUCAGCCUGCGACCAGCGGACAUGCAGCUGUUGAGUGAGGCUCCGGAGGGUACCCCCACUAAAAAGUUCCCAAGUUACAAUGCUAAACUGUACAAAACUGACACCGAGAAGAAAGAGGAGCUAGUGUCGGCCAUGAAUGAUAAGCUGUCCCACCAGGAUUCGCCCCUCCCACAGGACCAGUUUGAGGGGGUAGACCCCGAUGAGUGGGAUGAUUAAUUCCUUGAUAAUGCUCACCAGUGCUAGAUAUCUGUCAACAAUCCAUAAAGAUGAGGGGGCACCUGACUGAGGAUCAAGUGUUCGUAAAAACGAUCCCCCGAGAUGCUGAUCAACUGUUCAUAAACAUGAUCCUCUGGGAUGCUGAUCAACGGUUCAUAACCACGAUCCUCUAGGAUGCUGAUCAACUGUUCAUAACCACGAUCCCCUGGGAUGCUGAUCAACUGUUCAUAAACACGAUUCUCUAGGAUGCUGAUCAACUGUUCAUAAACAUUGCCUGUAAGAUGGCGAUAAACUGGUUGUUUGUAAGGAUGGUUCUCUGGGAUACUGGCUCAUAAACAUGAUCCUUUGGGAUGCUGAUCAACUGUUCAUAAACUUGAUUCUCUGAGAUAUUGAUCAGCUGCUCAUAGACUAGGAUAAUGGUGAUCAGCCAAUAAGCAAUUGUUUCAUGUUCCAUCAUGAUUUUUUGCAGAGUCCAGGUUCCAUUUAUAAUCAUUGUUCACAGCCAAUAUUUAAUGUGAUCACUACCGAUCAUUGCCAACUUCUUGCAUGAAUAUCUCUUCUGAGGCCAAGUCUUGUGUAAUCUUGUAUCUCUUGUUUCUACAUUUGGUUGAUGGUCGCCCAAAGUACCCUCCAUUUCUGUCGUGACAUUCUGUUCAGUUAAUUAUCACUCCACUUGUUACUGAUUAGCCUCCUGAGGAUUGUAAAAAUGGUUUAUUAGCCUACCUUCAUUUGUAUAAAAAGUAGUAUAUGUACCUGCAUCAGUUACAUGUGAAAGAGUGGAAAAGGACUUUCCUCAGUGAACAAGUUUAGAUUGUUUAUCAUUUAUACAUAGGUCUCUUCCCUGUUGGAAGUCAAAUAUGUACAUUUCUAUGAAGUUAUGUGUUGUUUGAGGAUUUGGAGGAUUACACAUAAAGAUAAUUAAAUGUAAAUGGCCAGAUGUUAAGCUAAAAUCUGCUUUGUCCUCUUCCAGAGUACAACCAGUUGAGGAGCCAGUAAAUAGGCAUAAAAAUGGCAAGUGUCACAAGAGAAAAUACAAUGUACAGCUUAGACCAGAACUGACUUUCAUAGGAAGAAGUAAAUCCAGAAUUUAACUCCUGCCCAAAACCUCCCUUCUGCGUGCUCCCUAUGCCUGUGUUUUCACCAUGGGUUGAGCAUGCUGCCUUCUGUUUUCCUUUGAUUCUGGCAGCUUGGAAUUCCUGUACAUGUAUUUAUAUUCUUGUUGUUGUGUCCCUUCAGUGCAUCUUUAGCCAGGCAAGCUCCCAGAACUCUGCAUAAAUAUGUUCUGUCUGAAACAGGACUGCAACAAGGCCUCAUUCUAUUGCCUCCUUUUUCUUUUUUGGGUUUUACUAUGUUUGUUCAUUAAUUAAUAGAUUGUUAUUUAUGAACGUGUUAAACAAAACAAUCAUUGCAUAUGCCUGCUUUUAGUGCAAUAUACAUGUGUAUACUUUGUUAGCUCAAUCAAAGGCAAGCCAUGUUGUUGAUGAAGCAUUGUUUGAAGAUGUAGUCCUAGGAACCAAACUAAGCCGAAUAAUGGACCUCCUGCUGAAAAACUUGGAAGUUGAUAUUUUGUGAUUUGGGAACAGUUUGUCCCCUCUACAGUUUUCUACCAUUUGCCUCUGUUUUGGCAGGUGUCGUGCAACAUAUCCUAUCCAAUUAGCAAGGAAAAGUUUUUAUUUCAUCGGUACUUGUAGUCAGUAAAACCCUGGUCAGUAUGUAGUAUUUUUCUGCAGUUCAGUGCACCCUGGCAGUCUUUGUCCUUCAGUCCAACUGGUCAGGUCUAGUACAGUGUGACGGAUCACUACACUGGCUGUAAACCAAGCUUUACCAACAGGUAACAAAUACACAACAGUGCUUUUUGAACAACUUGGCCUGCUGUAUGUCUAUAGCACAUGUAAUUCAUAGUAAUAAAUGUUUUACAAAUUCAUCUGGGGUAUCCUGUUUAGUCCUUAUUUAUACAAUAUCACUAAACUUGUAAGUUAAUGCAGGUGUAACACCCUAGUGUACAUUAUUAUGUCAUCUAUUAAAGAUGACCAGGGAACACCAGUAAUAUGUGAAUUUGUACAUUUCCUUGUUUUUGCUCAGUUUUUUAUUUUAUUUUGUUUUUUAUCUUUCACAAGUCAAGAAUUGACUGUCAUAAAGCUAUUGUCCAGUACUGCAGUAGUUAUGUUAGUUUUUGUGUUUGUCAUAAAAUGUGCCUUAGUUGUUUCACUUGUUUGUAUGCAGCUGUCUGUAUCAUGUUCUCUGAAGUUUCUCGUCUCCAGUACUUAGUCUAACGUCAGAAAUCCUGACAGGUACAUGUAAUGUUGUGUUUAUCACUUGUUCAUCUUAGGUCACUGAUAGGUACAUGUAAUGAUGUGUUUAUCCCUUGUUCAUCUUAGGUCACUGAUAGGUACAUGUAAUGAUGUGCUAAUCCCUUGUUCAUCUUAGGUCACUGAUAGGUACAUGUAAUGAUGUGUUUAUCCCUUG